UACAGAGCAGAAAAGAGCACUACUACAACAAAAUACACACACACGCCAUUCCCAUUCCCAUUCCCAUUCCCACCAUUAGCCCAAAAACUUUAAAUGAGGCCAACCCCUCCACUCCUGUUCCUUCAUUGAUAACAGUAACACCAGUAUCAGUUUUGCAGGCGCCGUUCUCCUCUUUUCUUACACCCUACAUACACCAUCACCCUCUCUCUCUCUCUCUCUCUAUAUAUAUAUAUAUAUACAUACAAACACAAACAUAGAAAUUGAAUAUAUUGAUGUAGAUAUAUAUUAGUAUUACAUGUAUGGUCAUAUAUAUAUAUACACACACUACAGAAUACAGAGAUCUUUCUCCCUGAUAUCCUGAUGAACCCUUCUCCACCACUAUCUUUAUAACAUACAGAUUCUACCCAAAACUUUCAAUUUCAAACCCAACAAAAUAUAAGUCAUGUUGGAUGCUUCAGAGGUUCCGGGGUGGUUGUCGGCCCUCUUGACGGAGAAGUUCUUCAAUGCCUGCAUAAUUCACGAGGACGCAAGGAAAAAUGAAAAGAACGUCUUUUGCUUGGACUGCUGUGAGGGAAUUUGCCCUCACUGCUUCAUCAGUCACCGCUCUCACCGCCUUCUACAGAUAAGGAGGUAUGUGUAUCACGAUGUUAUAAGGCUUGUCGAUGCUGAUAAACUGAUGGACUGUGCUCAAGUGCAAUCUUAUACCACUAACAGUGCAAAAGUAGUAUUCUUGAAUCAGAGGCCUCAGACAAGGCCACCGAGAGCUUCCGGCAACCUCUGCAUCACUUGUGACAGGAACCUGCAAGAAUCCUCUCUUUUCUGCUCUCUCUCCUGCAAGCUUCAACAUAUACUCAGAAGUGGGUGCAAGCUCUCUAUGUAUCUUCGCAAAUGUGAAUUUCUGGCUCUGCCUGAACCGGGUCUAGACGAUGGACAGAUGACGCCUGACUCGGUGCUUGAACAUGCUGGUUCCAUGAGGACGGAAUCCGGUUCAAGCAGCGGUGGCGGAGCCGGGUUAAUAGAAUGCCCUAACCUUAGCUGCACAGCGACGACAGAGGUUGUGAAAAAGAAAAGAAGCAAUCUACCAGGCUGCCGGUCCGCGAUGAGACCCGCUUGUAGACCAGCUAAUGAAAUCUCAGAGUCGAUGAUGAACCGGAGGAAGGGUACGCCGCACCGGUCUCCGCUUCAUUGAUAUGUGUACUGACUGAGUAGUGGUUGAUGGGAGAGGGGAACUUAAGUAAAAAGGGUGGUUGAGGGCAAAAUCGGUAUUUGAACUUUAUCUACCAAGGGCAUUUUAGGGUUAUGACCUGACCUCCCAAAUUUUGUAGAGUACACUUGUUUUCCCCUCCCCCUGUUCGAUACUAAGUUAUAAAUGGUUACUUUCUACUUGCUUCU